AUGGGGUCUUUCUACGACAUUGACUUGCGCCCUGGUUUUGUGACUAUCCUGGCCGAGAUUCUGACAGAAGAUGGUCCUCUCCCGGGCGGCAAGCUUAUCGGUGAGAAAUUACAGUCGCGGUUGAUUUUAGGUACUUUUCAUUCAAUUUGUCGGCGAUAUCUGGUGAAGUAUGGAUAUUUGAUUGGGCUGCGCAAAGGAUUUGGGAUUGCGGAUUCCGAUGACACAAGGGCAAUUCUUCGGAGAAUAAUCAAGCGUCUGAAUUCCAGCAUGGAUAUGAGAGCAGCACAAGGGCGAAUCUCCAAACACAAGGCCCAAGGGCUCUCUCCGAACGAUCUGGCUGAGCGGGUGAAAGCAGAGGAGCUGGAGCUUGUGGAAAUCUAUCGCGCAUACGAUGAAGCGCUUGCAGCGGCGAAUCUUCUUGACUCUGACGACCUGCUUCUGCGCUGCGGCGAUCUCCUCAGAGAACACCCAGAGUGUGUUUCGAAUGUGCAAACAGCGGGCUUACGACUCUGA